AUGCCCAACAGCAUCAAGAGGCUCUUCGCCUGCCUCGACGACGCCGACGCCGACGCCGCGCACCAGCCCGCCCACCGCCCGUCGAAAGGGUCCAAGGGAUCUGCAACAAGCUCCGACGGCACCCACUCGGCCAAGAAACCUCGCUCCAGCUCCAGCUCCUCCGUUCUCACCCGCACAACCACGUCUCUCUGCAGAGUCGCCCGCAAGCUCCGCAGCAAUCCCAUCACUCCGCAGCGCAGCUUCAAGGGGCCUACCGACCACGCCCCCCGUUUCUCCGACGAUACCGAGGUUGACGAUCCCAAUGGCCGCUGGGGCCCCAUUCUUUCCAUCUCGGACGAAGCCCUGGUCAGCCUCGUCAGCCUGUUCACCUUCUCGACUCAGAGAAAGUCGGCCACCAACAUUUCCGUCAUCGCCCGCACAAAUGGCCGCAACAACGCUCUCUACACCGUCCAGUACUACUGUCCCUCCUUGAUCAAAGUCUGCGUGCGUGUCCCGGCCUGCGGCUGGGGCGACCGCUGGCUGCCGUCCGACGCUGAUGCACUGCGGAAUGUCGCCCACACCAUGCGCUACGUCCAGAAGCACACCACUCUGCCCGUUCCGGAUGUCCUCCAGUAUGACACGACCUUCAAUAAUGCCAUCGGCGCUCCCUACCUCAUGAUGUCCUACGUCCACGGCCGUCCACUGCCCGAAGUCUGGUACGACCGUGCCGCUGGCAGCACCAAAUCCCUCGAGGACAAACGCCAGGCCAUCCUUCGUUCCCUGGCCACCGUAACUGCCUCUCUGCGAUCUCUUACCUUUACUAAAAUGGGGCCGCUUCUCUUCCGGCCCGUCAACGGCGACGACAAAGACCAGCGCCCUUAUGUUGCCGCCGCCGUCAUGGCCCCCUUCGGUCGUCCCAUGAAGAAGUCCAAGGGGAAAUUCAACCCCCAAGACCAUCUCUCCACGCCUGAGAGCGACUCCCGCGCCUUCUUCUUCCACUGCCUCGACGCAGCCCGCGCCUACGCCAUCGCCCACGAGCGCACGAGCGAAGUGCGCGGCGUCUUCAAGCUGUGGCGCCUGCUGAUGGAGGAGAUGCCGUGGCCUGAGCGUUCCAGCAGCACGAGGAUCACCUAUGGUAAAUCCAACCACGGUGAGGGAAAUGAAGACGAAGGAGUAGAAACCUUCGUCCUCGGCCCGCCCGCAGACUUUGACGCUGCAAGCAUCCUGGUCGACGAGCACUCGGGCGCCGUCGUUGGCGUCGUCGGCUGGGAUGGGCUCGAGACGCAGCCGCUGAUGCUCGGGUGGCCAACCUGUCCAGAUCUGUUGACGGUGGACUGGACGCGUGGCAUCUCUUGGCCUCGUCGCCCUCCCUUUGCAGCGAGAACGAAAGAGAUGGCCACAGUGGACAUUAUCGAGGAUGGCCGCAGCUGGGAUGCGUAUCGUGCCGAUUACGCGGCCCACUUGCAGGCAGCCAUCGGCGCCGGGGGCCAGGCGGGCGGGUUUCCAUUCGAGCUGUACGCGACGAAGGGCCACUUGUACCAGGCUGUGCUGCGGAGUCUGGAUGACCUGGAUCAGAUGAGGGAGGUACUGGAUCGGGUGCUGGAGGUGACGUUGCCGAGGGUGAGGAGGGCUGACCUGGUCGUGUCGGUGGGGGAGGCCGGCUUGAGUGCGGAGCAGGAACGCUAUGUGAGGGCGAAGUUCAGAGAAUUGCUGAGGUGA